GGGCGAAAGCCCGGCUAUGAAAUAAUAAUGAUCUUAUAAACAGAAAUAGAUUAAAAUCUGAAAAAUAAAGUCAUAAAAUUAUAAUAUAAAACAAAUGAAAGAUGAUUACAAACUUGAGUUAAAAACAAGAAAACUAUAAAAAAUAUAGUUUAUAAAUGUAGCGUUGGAAAUGUCCACAUCAGUGUCAGAGGUCACCAGACAUUGAUUUGUCCUGAGCCUGCUUCAUCAAGGGUUAGCAGUGUGCUGUUCACCUCAAGACACAGGCUGACUGGUUAGUGACCGAAAGAAUGAGAUCACAGAUACGGGCAGCCAAAUGAGUUUUCUCUGAAGGGUGUCUGGACCUUAGAGAUAGGGUGAGAAGCUCAGUCAUUCGGGAGGGGCUCGGAGUAGACCCACUUCUCCUCCACAUUGAGAGAAGCCAGUUGAAGUGGCUUGGGCAUCUGGUCAGGAUACCUCCUGGAUGCCUCCCUGCUGAGGUUUUCCUUGAAUGCCAAAACUGGGGGAGACCAAAAGAGGGACCAAGGACACGUUGGAGGGACUACAUCUCGGCUGGCCAGUGCCUUGGGAUCCCCCCGGAAGAGCUAGGUGGCUGGGGAGAGGGAAGUCUGGGCCACUCAACUUGGACUGCUUCCCCCGCGACUCGACUCCAAAUAAGCGGAAGAGAAUGGAUAGAUGGCUGGAAGAUGCCAUCACGUAAUAUCGAUGCCAAAGAAGCAGGCAGUCACUUUGCUGCUGCCAGGAAAGUUAACAGUCUUCGGCAGCGUGCCUUCUCACACGCUGCCCCCAAACUCUGGAACUCUCUGGCCCUCCAUGAGCAUCGGGCACCUUCCCUUUGUAGGUUUAAGUCUGCCGUCAAAACACACAACUUUAGCCUGGCUUUUCCCACAACUGUCUUCAUGUGUCAGUGCUUCUCUGUUAGCAGCAGCUUGUGACAUUCCUCAUUACUUUUUAGCUCACUAACGUUACUCAGUUAGUUUUUACUUGUUUCUCUUUUAUCUCUUGUGCUUUUACUUGUUUUAUGGUUGGUUAACCUUGAAUGUAAUUAUGUCUUGCUUUUAUGUUUUUAGCUUUAUAAUUUACUCCUAUGCUGUCUUUGUUGUUGUGUGUGAGGCUUUUCCGUUUCUGGGUAAAAUAUGUCAUCUGUGAUUUAAAGAAGAAAUCAUUGACUGCAUUCAUGUUUUCAUAUUUCAGCUGAGUUGUACAACAUGUUUGUUCCUUGAUUAUAUAAGUUGUUAGUAUGUUCAGUACCAGUUUCUUUUUCUCUGCUGAUGUCUAAGUAUCUUUUAUGGCUAAUUUCCUCUUUUUGCUUUGAUUCUGUGACCAGUUCUGACGUCUGAAGUUGAAAAGGAAAAGGUUUCUUAUUUAUGCAAGUGGCAGAAAAUGAACAGCUGUCUGUGCGGCCCUGCCAUCACCAUUUCCAAUGUGGUGGCAGACCACCAGGCCAACAUCAGCUGCAACUGCUCCUCACCCGUUUCCAACUGGACAUCCGGGGACGAUGCCCUGCUGCUGCCCACCUUCACUACCGCAGCCAAGGUCAGAGUCAUCAUCACCUUCAUUCUCUUCUGCGUAUCAGCCUUUUGCAACCUGGCCGUUCUGUGGGCGGCACAUUGUGACGGGAAACGUAAAUCCCACGUCAAGGUCCUGAUUAUCAACCUGACAGUGGCCGAUCUGCUGGUGACCUUUAUCGUGAUGCCUGUGGAUGCUGUGUGGAACACCACAGUCCAGUGGCUUGCUGGAGACUUUGCAUGCCGGUUUCUGAUGUUCUUCAAGCUGCUGGCAAUGUACUCCUGCGCUUUUGUCACAGUGGUGAUAAGUUUAGACCGGAAGUCUGCCAUUGUCAACCCUCUAGCUAUCAAUACAGCAAGAGUGAGGAACAGAAUCAUGCUUAGCGUGGCGUGGAGCAUGAGUGUGGUGCUGUCCGUCCCUCAGAUCUUUCUAUUCCACAUUGUGAACAUCACCCAUCCUAAGGAGUUCACCCAGUGUACAACUCAGGGAAGUUUCAUCGAUGGAUGGCACGAAACCGCAUACAACAUGUUUACAUUUGCAUGUCUGUUCCUGCUGCCACUGGUCAUCAUGAUCACCUGCUACAGCAGGAUCUUCUAUGAGAUCUCAAAACAGCUGAAAAGGGACAACUUGACCUCCACUGAAGUGCGUUUAAGAUGUUCCAAGAAUAACAUUCCCAAAGCCCGGAUGAGGACUCUGAAAAUUAGUGUGGUGAUAGUUUUGUCCUUCAUAAUUUGUUGGACUCCGUACUACCUGUUGGGCCUGUGGUACUGGUUCUUUCCUGAUGACCUGAAGGAUAAAGUUUCCAACUCACUGACCCACAUCCUGUUCAUCUUUGGCCUCCUCAACGCCUGCCUGGACCCGCUAAUUUAUGGCUUAUUCACCAUUUACUUCCGGAAACGGCUUCGGAGAUAUUAUGGCACAGAUGCCUCGAAGCUGGAUGCAGAAAAAAACACCAUUUUAACUGGAUCUUUUACCUGCAGUACCAAUUUUCUGUCACUUAAAAGAGAGCUGAGGUGCUCCAGCCAGGAGAGACUCAUGCUUUAUGACAACAGUAGAGCAGAGCCAUUAUCUGCAACCAGCAGUUUCCUGAUGGAUGACAAAGACCCUGAGAGCAUCUUAUGAAAACCCCCUGAAGGUCUUGUGUUUAUCUGUACGGCCUAACCCUAACCCCUAACAGAAGAAAACACCCUCCAAAAAUGUGCUGGUUUGUAUUUUCUGGAAGAGAACAAUGUUCACAAGUCCACGCUGAUCUCACAAGCACAAUGCAAACUGCCAAAGAAAGAUGGGUGUUUGCAAAAUGUCAUUCGUGGUUAUCUUGAUCUGAAUGUGGUCGUGUUAAUUUGAAGCUUAACCACCAAAUUAUGUAUUGUUUAAAAUGUUAAAGGUAAAAAAAAAAUCAAGAUAAAACCACACAAGGAAAAUGAGCAACUGGUACUGGAAAUCAUUGUGAAAAAAAAUUGUGACAUCAGCUGAGGGAGUCCCGAUAGCUUUAUCCUGAGAAAAACAUGGACUGUAAUGAAACUUUAAAUGUUUAUAAUUCUACUUCUGAUGGACCAGAACCAUAAAGUUAUGAGUUGGCUGCACACCCCUGAGAGCAGAGACAAACCAGAGGGAGAGACCAUCGGGCAAAACAGAGAGAUUGUGGAGAAGCAGCGGGGGAGCAGCAGGUGAGCUAACGAUGUUAGCUUAAAUUUGUGUGCUAGCAUCACAAUAUAGUACAGAUUACUAUCAUGUACCAGACAGUUAAAGUAGUAUCGGUCAGUUAAUAUAACAUUAAUACUAAUCAA